UGAAAGUGAAUAUCUAUCGUCCUUGCGAGUCCCACACCAUUUCUUCCUUAGCUCACACCUAGAAAUUAUUAUAAAAACCCCACCUCUUCUUCUUCCCAUUUCACACACACAAUCCAAAGACAAAUCCAAUUUGCAGAGAGAGAAAUGGAGGAGGAAGAAGGCGGAGAAGAUUACUUGUUCAAGAUAGUGGUGAUAGGUGACUCAGCAGUUGGUAAAUCAAAUUUGCUUUCCCGAUUUGCUCGAGAUGAGUUCGACCACAACUCAAAGGCCACCAUCGGCGUCGAGUUUCAGACUCAGGUUUUGGAACUCGACGGCAAGGAGGUCAAGGCCCAGGUCUGGGACACCGCCGGCCAGGAGCGCUUCCGCGCCGUCACCUCCGCCUACUACCGCGGCGCCGUCGGUGCCCUCGUCGUCUAUGACAUCACCAGAAUUACCACCUUCGAAAGCAUCAAACGCUGGCUCGAUGAACUUAACACUCAUUGUGACACUGCAGUAGCAAAGAUGCUCGUUGGGAACAAGUCCGAUUUGGAGCACAUUAGACAGGUGAGUGUGGAAGAGGCUAAAACCCUAGCGGAAGAAGAAGGAUUGUUCUUCAUAGAGACAUCUGCCUUAGAUUCCACGAAUGUGAACAAGUCUUUCGAGAUUGUUAUACGCGAGAUUUACAACAAGGUCAGCAGGAAAGUUCUCAACUCCGACUCGUAUAAAGCAGAAUUGACGGUCAACCGGGUCAACCUGGCAAAUGGUGUCGAUUUAUCUAAGCAAAAAAGAAGCUCCUUAUCAUGUUGUUCUUCAUGAUUUAGUUUUCUUGUGUGCUUCUUUUGUUUUUUUAUAUCUAUUUAUUGUAACCAGUGACUAUAAAACUAAUCAAAUUUUAUAGCUAAGAAUUUGAAAUUCAUUGAAGAAUAAUUUUG